GUACAUGUGUAGAUCUGGCUGCCACCGAAUAUUUAAUUAUGGUUAAAAACCUUUCAAUGUACAAUAUUUCUCAUGUUGCAGAGUCAUCAUAACACUAUGCAAUUCUAUUUAAGGGUUCGGUGUUUGGCUAAAUAUUUAAUCCCUGUCUGAUUGGUCUUGAAUCUACAAACCCCCCUAUUCUUUUCAAAGGAUUGGAAACCUUAGUAUGUAAUAGGAGGUUGCUUGCUUGAUAAAAUAUUAGAUUAAAAAGAAGCGUUUUUUAUAUAUAGCUAUUUAUAGAGACUGAAAAUGUCUGUUGCGUUUGCUUCGGCUCGCCCCAGAAGUAAAGGGGAGGUGACACAACAAACUAUACAAAAGAAAAUUAUUGAGGAGGUAGCUGGCUAUAAAUCUGGGUCUGCGCAUCCCGAUGGUCUUCGCUGCGCUGUGUGAUAAUGGAAGAUGCUGGAUGAAAAUCAUCAUCUGAUACAGUGCAUUAUGGACUAUCAGAGCAAAGGGAAAACGGCGGAAUGCACUCAGUAUCAGCAAAUAUUACACAGAAACCUGGUGUAUCUGGCUACAAUAGCAGAUUCAAAUCAAAACAUGCAAUCAUUGUUACCAGCGCCUCCCACUCAGAACAUUAACAUGGGCCCAGGGGGGAUGGGUCAGAGUGGGAGCAGCCAGUCCCUGCACUCCCAGAGCAAUCUGAAUGACAGCAUGGCCACCGGGCUACCACCCACCUCCCUCAUGCAGAGCCAGAUGAGCAACGGCCCAAGUCACGCCUCCAUGCAGCAAUCAGGCCAGACGUCCCUGCCCUCCACGUCCAUGAGUAUGCCAGUCAGUAGUCAUGGCUCGGCCACAGGGUACAGCCACUCGGUGCCAUCUUCGCAGGGCAUGCAGAUGCAGAGCCAGGGCCAGUCCAUGGGUAGCUACGCCUCCCGCAGCAACCUCAACAUGCAGUCUAACCAAGUCACAAUGAUGCACCAGCAAGCUGCGACGUCUCAUUACUCCUCAGCUCAAGCGGGGAGCCAGCACUAUCAGGGGCAGCAGUCCAUGGGGAUGCUGGGACAGGGUAACCAAGGCAACAGCAUGAUGGCACAGAGACCCAUGGGAUCCUACCGUCCCUCACAGCAAGGAUCAGCACCGCAGUACAUGGGACAAGACGAGUUCUACGGCGAGCAGUAUGGACACAGUCAGAGCUCCAGCGAGCCAAUUAACCAGCAGUAUUACCCUGAUGGUCAUGGGGAUUACUCCUACCAACAGUCCUCUUACAGUGAGCAGAGCUAUGAAAGGUCCUUUGAGGAGUCUUCACAGCAUUACUACGAAGGAGGGAAUUCACAGUACAGCCAACAGCAGAGCUCUUAUCAGCAGGGCUCCAGCCAGCAGCAGCCCUUCAGCCAGCAGCAGUACCCAGCCCAGCAGAACUACAGCGGGCAACAGCAAGCCUACGGGCCAACCCAGGGAGCUUCGUCCCAGUACUCUGGCUACCAGCAGGGUCAGGGCCAGCAGUACAGCUCCUACCGCUCAUCACAGGCUGCUGCCGGUGGCCAGACACAGAGGCCCUACACAUACGAGCAGGGUCAGUAUGGAAACUACCAGCAAUAAGGUGCUAGAAGUCGAUGACUGUUGGGCAUAUCGAAGAGUAAACAGUUUUGUGUACACUGCUUGAUAGCUCUUUUCUUUGUUUUAUUUGCGCUAAACAGUUGGAAAGUAGGGUAGCCCAUAUGAAAUCCACUGAUCUUUCAUUCACUGUUUGACUGUGUGAAUCUGAUUAAAAGCCGGUUCAGAGUUGUCUUUUUAUGUCUCUUGAGAUGAAAGAAAGCACAAGGGAAAUGUUGUGUGCAUACAUGUUUUCAGUUCUUCUUGUAACAGAGAAACAAAUAUGCUAAUUUGUUUAUGAAGUCAUUAGGAGCAGUUUAUUAUAUCCUGAAUUUAAAAAAAAAAAACUGUCAACAAUGGAAUAAGUCACAGUAUCGAAGUAAAAAGAAAGAUGUGGGAGCUUCUUUGAGUUUAAAUAAUCAUAUGACAUUAUUUGUUUAUUGUAUAUUGUUUUUUAAUCUUCGCUGCUGGUGUUGUACCGUGUAUUGCUGCCACUCUCUGACAAGUCUCACUUUUCAUCAAUGAUCACUGCUAUGGCCAACAGCCUCAAAUUGUGUAAUUCGUUUAAUCCACAUUGAAUGCUAUGGCACACUUUGUUGUUGGUGGUGCUGUUGACUCUUGAUCUUGUUACAUGCAUGUGCAUAGCCAUAGCACGUGUGUAGCAAGGCUUCAGGUACUCUAGUCAAAUGUACCACUUGUCUUGUUCAACAGGCACCACUAACAUUACAUGUGGUUAUCUCCUACCUUAUUCUGUGAGUUCUUUGCUUGCUCAGUAGCUCAUAGAAUUCAUAUCAUCCUCUUAGUGUGUAGGGUGGAAUCUCUCAGACAAGUGUGCCAGAUUUAUGUUUAUUUGUCUUAAAUCUAUUUUUAUUUAGGUGGGGUUGUUUUCUUUAGAUCACAUUAUAAUGCAUCCACAGAAUAAAUAUGGUAUUUUAUUUUUUAUUUACCUUUUUACAUAUUUUAUAUAUUUAUAUUAAUUUAUUUAAUCUGUGGAUUGUUCUGUUUGCUUUAAAGAUUAUUUUAAUAUAUUUUGUACAAAAAUAUCAUUGCCCUUUCUGUUGCAAUAUGAUAUUAUUAUUCUCUAAUUCUCCAUUUGAAAUGCUAACAUUAUUUAUAGAACGUGACUUCAAAACUACCAAAGGAACGUUUUAGGUCUGUAGGUCUACAUACUGGAUGUUCUAACAUUUCUUUGUAAAUAUCUUACCUUUACCUGUAUCACCAAGUGCAAUACAUUCAGUCACAAUAAUGGAUAUGGAAAUGCAUGUACGUGUGAUUUUCGGAUUUCUAUGCUCUCGUAUCCUGUUCUCUUUAGGUGGGACACAUGGAGCAGAUUUUACAUGGGCUUUUAUAUUUUAUUUCUGGCUUUAUCAUGCUCCGUUGUAGUUUACAGUAGCAUUUUUGGCAUAUUGACAUUUAGACUGGCAUAUUUAAUAUGUAUUAUUUCAAAAGUUUGAAAUCACAAAAAUACCAGUAGGUAUUAAUAGAAGUAUUUUGGAAAGUUAAGGAUGGUGCUGUUCCAUGUGUUUGAUUAAGAAAGAUAAAAUAACUUUAUUUGGUGCCCAGCAGAUUCACUGGUUUAAAAGUAUUAAUAUUUAGCCAGUGAAACUCAUGAAAGGGUUAGACCAGGCCAUGCUGUGCUUGCCCCCAUGUGGGUAUGCUUUUAUAGAAUGUGUAUUUUUCAGACUGAUGUGUAUUGCUUCUCUGUAUGUACAGUAUAUGUGUGUGCGUGUGUGUUUGUGUGUGGGUAUGUUCAUAUGGCAUUUCAGUUUGAUAUACUUUUACUAAAAGUAUUUUAUUUGAAGUAUAAUAUGGUUGGUUUGUUCAGUGUCCUCGCUGAAAGCAUGUACUGUCAGGUAUAAGGGAGUGUACAGGUGGGAGCUUCAUUGUUUGGUAGAUGUUAAGACAUAUUCAAAACAAAGGUUCCACAAACGCAUUUGCCUUAUUGUUUCUAUGACACUGUACAGUAUGAAGUUUUUUGUGAUUGUUUUGUAUAAAUCAAAGUAGCAUAACUACCAGUAUUGCAAAACUGGUAACUGUAGGCGAUAUGAAUUAUAUCAGCUGUGAUAAUGACCGUAAUAAUGCCAUAAUAAUGCAAAUCAGGUGCUGAAAUUAUCUGAACUACAAAAGAGACAGCACAAUUCAUUACCAUUUUGAUGUUACAAAAGGAGUUUGAAAUAGCAUUGAUGUACUUGGCUGUUAGACAGCUUUAUUAUGUUACACAACUGUUCUGUGACAAUCGUAGACUUCUUUCUCUACACUACAUCGUGUCAAUUAGAAUUGAUUUGGUUUCUGUGAAUUGGGUAUAUUAUCUGUAUUCUGUUUAAAAUUUGGUUAUAGUGUAAAAAAAAUCACUGUAAACCAUUUGGUGUGUGUGUGUGUGUGUGUCUGUGUGCGUGUGAAUGAUAAAGAGCGACUGCUGUAAAUCAUUGACCAAAUAUGAAUGUUUCAUUUGCAAGUAACCUGUACUGCAUUGCUUGUUCUAUAUUGUUUAUUAUUUUUGGUUACUGUUUAAUAUGAGAAAUAAAGUUUCGCAUUUUAUGUGUGUCUUCA